AAGACACGGUUAUAAUAUAUGUAAAGAAAGCGGGAUAAUAUAUUGAAAGCAAUCCUUUGACAGCUGCAGCAAGCGAAGAACUGAAGAAGAGAGCUGGAUUCAUCAUUCUGUUAAUAAUUUUAACUGUAAAUUUUAACCAACAUGGCGAAUUCGAAGCUCCAGGCUCUCUGGAAUCACCCUGCUGGCCCCAAAACCAUUCACUUCUGGGCACCAACAUUUAAGUGGGGGAUCAGCAUAGCUAAUGUUGCUGACUUUGCUAUCCCACCUGAGAAGCUUUCGUAUCCCCAGCAAAUAGUGGUUGCAGUUAGUGGAGUGAUCUGGUCCCGAUAUGGCGUUGUUAUCAUACCGAAGAACUGGAACCUUAUAAGUGUAAAUCUUGCAAUGGCUGGAACAGGCAUGUAUCAACUUUCACGAAAAAUACGGCAUGAUUACUUUGACGAUGAAAAAGAUGCUGUAGCAAAGGAAUGAUAAUGAAGUUCUUUGUUUUGUUGAAAAUUUUCCCGGACUUACAAUCACCUCGGCAACAACAUAAGGCGAAGACCACGGUGCAGAAUGAGAUUUGCUAACAGCAGAAGUUGAAGACAUCCAUGGCUGAAGUUGCUAAAGCUUUGGGGCACGUUGAUGGCACAGAAAAUGUUUGUCCUUCCAUAGUUAAAAAUCUUACAGAGUUAUGUACUUGGUCCUAAGAUUACUAAACACUAUUCACUUCCAACUCCUUGUGGUUGGUCUGUUCUACUCUGUGAUAUGAGUUUUAAGCCAAACUUGUUUCCAAUGUGUCCUCCUCCAGAAAGAAUCCAUAUCACAGUUAACAUAUCUUUUCAGGGUGUUACUUUAUUGUAGCUGAUUUAGCACCACUAAG